CGUCACCCAUGUCGUCGGAAGAAAAAGCAGAGAACCACUUGGUUCCUGAUGGCCAGGCUUUGGAGCAGCAGAACGUGAUCAGUCGGGUGGCUGGCCUUACCUUGGUGAGUUCAACCUGCGACAUGGUCUCCUCGGCCUAUACCUCCACCAAGGAGACGAGUCCCUACCUGAAGUCCGUCUGUGAUGUAGCGGAGAAAGGGGUGAAGACCCUCACAGCAGCUGCCCUAUGUGGUGCCCAACCUCUGGUCACCAGACUGGAGCCUCAGAGUGAGUAA